AUGCACGAAUGCACACCCAUCUCGGCAAGAUCGACACCACAACACCGUUCAAGGCGGCAAUACGCCAACCGAGAAGUCACGCUUAAGGCACUCAAUGAGAUUCGCUUACACCUUGGCGAGGAUGCCGUGAGUAUUGACACCGACGACGUGGAAGAACAUGGUUAUUCCGAGUGGUCAACUUCGAAUACGACAUCUCGACCGGCCGCGGUAAUCCGGCCGACUAGCACCAGUGAAGUUUCUGUGAUUGCCCAGAUCUGUUCAAAGUACAAUGUUCCUAUGGUCCCUUUCGGGGCUGGGUCUAGUGUGGAGGGGAACUUUGCCUCGCCAUACUGUGGAGCUUGCAUCGACUUAUCUUGCAUGGACAAGAUCUUGGACUUUCACCCUGCUGAUCUUGAUGUUGUUGUGCAAGCGGGUGUCAACUGGAUGAAUUUAAAUGAAUCUAUUAAACAAAGCGGCCUUUUCCUUCCCCUUGACCCCAGCCCAACAGCGCUAAUCGGCGGUAUGAUCGCUACCAAUUGCAGCGGGACCAACGCUAUGCGAUAUGGCACGAUGAAGGACUACGUUAUCAACUUGACUGUUGUUCUCGCGGACGGAUCUAUUAUCAAAACAAGACACCGCCCACGAAAGACGUCGGCCGGGUAUAAUCUGAAUGCCCUAUUCGCCGGCUCAGAGGGCACUCUGGGUAUAAUAACAGAAGCCACUCUAAAGCUCGCCACACUUCCGGAAAAGUACAGCGUGGCCAUUGCCACAUUCCCAACCGUCAAAGCAGCCGCGGCUGCAGCCUCAAACAUGAUUCGCAAGGGCGUCAACUUGGCCGCUCUAGAACUGAUGGACGAGGUGCAGAUGAAGGUUGUUAAUUUAAGUGGCGGUGCUGGUGGAAGGAAAUGGAAAGAAGAGGCAACCUUGUUUUUGAAAUUUUCAGGGUCAGACAGGGCAAUCGAGGAUAGCGUUUCUGAAGUAAAACGAAUCGCGAGCCAUGCGGACUGUCAGUCUUUUGAAUCAGCUACCGACACGAUGUCGAUGGACUCUUUAUGGUCUGCGAGAAAGCAAGCUCUAUGGGCUUCUCUUGCCAUCCGACCUGAGGGCACAGAAAUCUGGUCGACAGAUGUCGCUGUGCCGAUUUCAAGAAUGGCUGAGAUUAUAGAUGACAGCAAGACCAGCGCUUCCAAGUUGGGGCUGUUUUCGAGUGUUCUUGGGCACGUCGGCGAUGGCAACUUUCACCAAAUGAUUAUGUACAACCCUACAAAACCAGGGGAAAGGGAAUCCGUCAAGGCAUUUGUAGAUGAAAUGAUGCGCAAAGCGGUGAAGUUUGAAGGAACCGUGUCGGGUGAACACGGCAUUGGUCUAGGCAAAAAGCACUGUCUUGUCGAGGAGGUCGGUCCAGCCACAGUCAACAUCAUGAAAACCAUCAAGGAAAGCCUUGACCCGCAGUGGCUGAUGAAUCCCGGCAAGGUGUUUGACGAAUAG